GACAAUGGUGACAAGAGUGAUAACGGUGACAGUGGUGACAACAGUAAAAACAGUGACAACAGUGACAACGGUGACACUGACGAUGGUGACAUCGAUAACAAGAGUGACAACAGUAACAACAGUGACAACGGUGACAAUUUUGACACCAGUGACAACAGUGAUAACAGUGGCAACAGUGACAAUAGUGACAACGGUGACAAUAGUGACAACAGUGACAACAGUGACAACUGUGACAACAGUGACAACAGUGACAACAGUGACAACAGUGACAACACUGACAACAGUGCAACACUGACAACGGUGACAAUCGUAACAACAGUGACAACAGUAACAAUACUGACAAUGGUGACGGUGGUGACAACAGUGACAACAGUGACAACAGUGACAACAGUGACAACACUGGCAACAGUGACAAUAGAGACAACGGUGACAACAGUGACAACAGUGACAACAGUGUCAGCGGUGACAAUGGUAAGAACGGUGAAAACAUUAACAACGAUAGAGACGGUGGCAACAGUGACAACUAAGGCAUGGUUGAUAAGAGUGACAAUGGUGACAAUGGUAAAAAAAGAGACAACAGUGUCAACAGCGACAACAUUGACAACGGUGACAACCGUAACAACAGUGACGAUGGUGACAACGGUGACAACAUUGACAACAGUAAAAACAAUGACAACAGUGCCAACAGUGUCAAUUGUGCCAACGGUAACAAGAGUGACAACGGUAAAGACACUGACAACGGUUACAAGAGUAACAAUGGUGACAACAGUGACACCGGUGACAAUGGCGGCAACAGUGACAACAGUGACAAUGGUGAAAUUGGUGAAAACGGUGACAAUGGUGGCAACAGUGAUAACGGUGACAACGAAGGCAACGUUGACAACAGUGAAAAAAGAGACAACAGUGUCAACGGUAACAACAUUGACAACGGUAACAACAAAAACAACGGUGACAACGGGGACCACAUCGACAAAAGUAAAAACAGUGACAACAGUGACAAAAGUGACAACGGUGCUAACGGUAACAACAGUGACAACAGUAACGACAUUAACAAUAGUGACAAGAGUAACAAUGUUGACCACGGUGAGGACACUGACAACGGUGACAACAGCGUCAACGGUCCAACAGUGACAAUGGUGACAACGGUGACAACGGUGUCAACAGUGAGAAGAGUGACAACUGUGACAACAGUGAAAGGGGUGAGAACGGUAUCAACAGCGAUAACCGUGACAACAGUGAGAAUAGUGACAACAAUGACAACGGUGACAACCCUGACAAUGGUGACAACGGUGACAACGGCAAAACAGUACCAAUGGUGGCAACACAGACAACGGUGAUAGUGGUGACAACA